AUGCUAGCAGCUUGGGUAUCCCCAUUUCUCGGAAACACUACCUGGCGUCCAAGAAAACAGCUCGCUUCGACAAAAUCUUCAAAGCCACUACACUCGCACGCCGUUAGUUUGCAGAAUGGUGAACGCCAGGACAGGUCAGACGCCCCCCAGACAUCCCCUCCAUCAGCUCCAACCCCUCUCCUAGAUGCUCUUGUGCGCGAAUCGCGAAAUGUCAGAGCCAAUUUCUUCUGCCCGGGUCACAAGCAAGGCGCCGCUGUAUUCCCGCGUCUGCGUGAGGAAUUGGGUGAUGCGGCAUUCCCCCUCGACAUGCCUGAGCUCCCGGCGCUGGACAAUCUCUUCGCCCCGGAAGGGGUUUUAGAAGAAUCGCAAGAACUGGCCGCAGACACGUUUACGGAAGAAGGCGCUGACGCGUGGAACACUUUCUUCUUGGUGAACGGCUCCACGUGCGGAGUCGAGGCCGCAAUUUUGUCGACAGUGCGUCCGAAUAGGAAAAUUGUUCUGCCGAGGAAUACGCACCAGUCGGCCGUUCAUGCUCUUGUGCUCACGGGCGCCAUACCGGUUUGGAUACAACCGCUGUACGAUGCUGAGCAUGACUUACUGCACGGAGUGUCCACGGAAAGCAUUGAAAGAGCACUGGAUCAAAACAAAGGGCAAGUGGACGCCGUUUUACUAAUAUCCCCUACAUACCACGGCGCUUGUUCUGAUGUCGCAGCCAUCGCUGCGAUAACGCACAAGCAUGGCGCCAUGCUGCUCGUUGAUGAAGCACACGGAUCACACUUUGCCUUCCACGAUCUCUUACCAUCAUCUGCCACAGAGUGCAACGCCGAUAUCGUCGUACAGAGUACACACAAAACAUUAUCUGCGCUUUCCCAAGCAGCGAUGAUGCAUGUCCGCAAAUCAUCCCUAAGCCGCCAGAGAGUUGCUGCUUCGCUCCAACUGGUCCAGAGCACGAGCCCAAACAAUCUGCUCCUCGUAUCCCUUGAGGCCGCGCGGGCUCUCAUGGAUGAACAAGGAGAGGAUCUCAUGUCUCGCAGCAUCGACAUUGCACGAAAUUGUGCAGUGCGUAUCGCUAGUUUGAAGGGCUUCUCCGUCCUAGGCGUAGAAAACGUAGGCAUGCUGCAGAAAGACGCUUUGGGGCAUCCAUACGUUUACGCCUUAGACCCAACACGCAUCACUGUUCUUCUGCCGGACAACAUCACAGGCUAUGACAUGGAUACUGUGCUUAUCGAUCGUUUCGGGGUGUACGCGGAGCUUCCAUCUUUCAAGCAUAUUACGUUUGUGAUCACCCCUGGAAAUGUGCAAGGCGACAUCAACCGACUUGUAACAGCGCUCGCGCUGUACGAAGCGACCUCCGGCGAGGGUCUUCCCUACCUCGAACCGGAGGAAAGCGAACCAUCUGCAGGCUGCAGCUCCUUUGCCGAACCAACGGGACUGACACCACGGGACGCCUUCUUCAGCGAUGCGGAGGUGGUGGAUUCUGACGAAGCUGUCGGGCGCAUCAGUGCGGAAAGUUUGUGUCCCUAUCCUCCGGGCAUCCCUGUCGUAGUGCCCGGAGAGCGUAUAACGAGAGAAUGCAUUGAUGUGUUACGGGCUGUUCUCGACGCCGGAGGGAGCGUGUCAGGCGCAAGCGAUGAGUCGCUGUCGACCAUGCGCGUCGUCGCCAACGAAGACAAGCUGAAUCUGGACAUGUCAUGA